AUGGCACCAUCUCUGCAAUUCUUCAAAGACGCCUCGUCGGCCAAGUUGCCAUUUUAUGCCAACAACAAGGACAUUUUCAUCGGCGAUACCGUCACAAGCAUCGCUGACGACCCUGAGAAGCCCAUCACAGCCGGGUUCUUCGACGUCGAGAAGGGUGCCAAGCACACCGCGACCUUUGCCUUCUCCGAAGCGAAAUAUGUCAUCUCGGGUGAUAUUGUGUUUUCCGACGGCAACGGUCAACGCGUUGUGGCCAAGGCCGGAGAGGUAGUGUAUAUUCCUAAGGGCUCAACAAGUAAGUAUCGGUUCCUUUGGGGAAGCCUAGGACUGCAUUUCCUGACGCCUGCGCUGCAGUUACCUUUGAGAGUGAGCAGGGAGGAAAGGCCUUCUAUGGGGCUCGAUACUGAUGGUUUAAUGUUUCAGGUCGCACAGAGGCUUCUCAACCAAGAAAAGAGAGCGGGACUGUCAGCUCGGCUGUGA